AUGAAGAACCACGCUUGUGAAUAUCCCGGAUGCGAGAAAAGCUUCACUCGCGCGGAGCAUCUGCGCCGGCAUGCACUCAAUCAUGAACAGCCGCACAAUGGCUUAACUUGCGAACGCUGCUCGGUUCAUUUUCGGCGCCCAGAUCUGCUAGCCCGACACAUGAUGCGCCAUGAGAAACGAGACAAAGAAGCAGGUGGUCCAGGAUUAGGUGUACUGAAUACGCGAAAGAGGGCUCGAAGAGCCCGUGAUGGCACGAUUGUUAUGCGCCCAUCGCAGCGAGAGAUGCGGGCAGCGCGUUCUACAAGCGCUCCUUCAUACUCGGAUUCGGAUUUUGUAGAAGAGGAAGGGGAAGAACAGCACGUGGGAGAAGCCCCCCUAUCGCCGCCUAAUUCUGGCAGCGAGCCGACUUCUAUAUCAAUUGAUGAGAUAGAUCCAUUUCUGGCACCGAUGGUGCCCGGCGGUCCCUUUGAGCCGUAUGCCGAACCCAUUCCUGGACAGUCCGAUGCAGCCGACGGAUCAUUCAAUGUCGGGUUAGAUGGGACUAUAGAUUCCUUUGGCAUGGACACCGCGACGGACUUCAAUCUGCCUUUUGCCGCGACCUGCAACUAUAAUUGGUUGUUUGAUGUCGCCUCUCUCGACGAUGCCUUUCAUCAUUUUGAUUUUCCGCUCGGUUUCGAUACAGAGCCGUUCCCCAAUGCUCUAGAUACAGGAUACAUUCAGCCAAUAGACAACUAUGAUGGUCCAUCAGCCCUCUUGGAGGUAGCUUCAAGGAUGAAUAAAGGGCAGGAAUCACAAGUUACACUAUCCCGCGUAGCACCUGAAAUCCUAAAGCUGGAUUGGAUGUCUGGGCCCUCGUUUCUGGGGCCCAAUUUACGACCACAACUGCCACAAUUGUGCGAGAACUCGCGGCAAGGCAUUCUAUCUCUUGUGAUGCAGACUUCUCCUAUGGGUAUUGAUGGUCAGCCUUUGACCGUGGACUCGCCUCUACUUACUUUGGGGGCGCUGCAAGAAUAUUGUGAUCUUUUCUUUUCCCGCUUUAAUGUGACAUAUCCGCUCGUUCAUCAACCGACCUUCAACCCAGACAUAGUUGAUCCAGUUUUUCUUGGAGCUAUUCUAUUCAUGGGAGCUACAUAUAGCACUCGUGAAGCUCAUCAGCUUGCCGUGGGAGUCCAUGAUAAGCUUCGAAAUCAGCUUCUAUGCCAUCAGGACUUUUCUCCACAGCCAGCCCUUUGGGUCUUACAAACAAUGCUUCUGAUCGACUGCUUUGGAAAGAUGAGAGCUGGCCCCAAACAGCGAGAAAGCGCCCAGCUAUUCCACUGUGUACUAAUCAAACUCAUCCGCCGCAGUAAUUGCUGUAACAUACAAGAUUUGCCUCACUUGCCUCGAUCUGACGGCCUAGAGCAGGCAUGGAGGCAAGCUAUGGAUGCUGAACAGCGGAAGAGACUAGCCAUGCAUUGUUUCAUGUGGGAUACCCAACACGCAGUCCUAUUCUCUCAAUCUCUGUGCAUGUCCGCAUUCGAGAUCAGAUCUUGUUUACCGUGUAGUGCCGCCGCCUGGGAAGCAUCGUCGGCUCAAAAGUGGGAAGACUUGGCUGUCGGCGAAAUAAACAGACCCUUCCUUACGGUUCUCAAAGGCUAUAUUACACCAGGAUCUGUGUCUCGACCUCGAGAGCUGAAUGCUUUUUCUCGCACUUUCGUUCUACACGGAUUGAUGUCUGUAUCUGCUGAUCUCAAGCGUCGAGACCAAAUUACGCUACGGUCAGAGACGCCUGAGCGGGCGGGAGCUUGGAUUCCACGUAUGAGCCGGUCUUACGAUCUCUGGAAGGUGGACUUUGAUGCAGAUUGCUUAGCUAUGAAGUUGGCACAGACAGCUGAUCCGCGCCGUUUCACCGCAUUGAAAAUGGAAGCCCAUGCUCUCUAUCACGCCGCUUGCCUUGCAUUAUAUGUGGAAGUCUUGGACUUGCAAAUUGUGGCCGGAGCAAUGCAAAUUCUAGGACGAGCAGUUACUCCAGCCGACCAAUCAAGAUCUCAGCGGAAUAUUCUUCGUUGGCUUCAUGAGGAUUUCGGAUCAUCAACAGCUGCCGCACGACACGCAUCACAUCUGCUGCAGGACGCGGUAUUGAGUCUUCAUGAUUGGGACCAGAAAGAUGCUUUCCACUUUUCUUGGUGCCUCUAUCUAGCUACGUUGGCUUGCUGGGUUUUCCAUCGCGGCAUGGAUUUUUCGUCAUCAGAAGGCAGACUGAGUGUGGAUCUAUCUUCACUUAUUGUGAUGAUGACCAACUGCCCGAGUACCACAGAGCUGACAGCACUAUCGGGAAAAUAUGAUCCAAAGCCUUUGGUGGCAGCCAUGGCACAGCAGCUGGCAUCUGUUCGAUGGGCGGUUGUUCACGAUGCGAUGAAGGUACUAGUAGGUUUGUCUUAG